AUGAAAGACAGCGACGGCGAGGGCGGCGCCGGCGGUGGCGUCGCCCGCUCGCACCCGUCCAACCUCCCACUGCCUGCUCCACAGUCCGACCCGAACCUCCAGUUCUCGGGCGGGACGGACGAUGAGUCGUCGAACCGGAACAGCAGCUCCUCUGCCACCGGCGGCGCGAGCCCCGGGUACUACUCCGACUACCCGUCCAGCUUCAGCGGCGAGUGCUCACCGUACAACAUGUCCCCCUGGAACCAGACCAUGGCGUCCCCCUGGUCGCACCACAGCGAGGCGUCCGCCGCCGGGCUCGGAGGAGCCCCGCCCACGAUGGCGCCCGGGACGAGCCUGAUCAGCUCGCUGGUGAGGGAGGAAGGCCACAUCUACUCGCUCGCCGCCAAGGGCGACACGCUCUACACCGGCUCGGACAGCAAGAACAUCCGCGUGUGGCGCAAGCAGAAGGACUCCGGAGGGUUCAAGUCCUCGAGCGGCCUCGUGAAGGCGAUCGUCAUCUCCGGUGAGCGCAUCUUCACGGGCCACCAGGACGGCAAGAUCAGGGUGUGGAAGGUGUCGCCCAAGAACGGCAUGCACAAGCGCGUGGGCAGCCUGCCCCGGCUGCGCGACUUCCUGCGCGGCUCGCUGAACCCGUCCAACUACGUGGAGGUGCGCAAGAACCGGUCGGCGCUGUGGAUCCGGCACAGCGACGCCGUGUCGUGCCUGAGCCCGACGGACACGGCGCAGGGCUUCCUCUACUCCGGGUCCUGGGACCGCACCUUCAAGGUGUGGCGCAUCAGCGACUCCAAGUGCCUCGAGUCGGUGGUGGCGCACGACGACAACGUGAACUCCAUCGUGGCGGCGUUCGACGGGCUGGUGUUCACGGGCUCGGCGGACGGCACCGUCAAGGUGUGGCGGCGCGAGCAGCAGGGGAAGGGCACCAAGCACACGGCCGUGCAGACGCUGCUGAAGCAGGAGCACGCGGUGAACGCGCUCGCCGUGAGCGCCGUCGCGCCCGUGCUCUACUGCGGCUCCUCCGACGGGCUGGUCAACUUCUGGGAGGGCGAGCGCCACCUCGUCCACGGCGGCGUGCUGCGCGGGCACAAGAAGGCCGUGUUCUGCCUCGCCGCCGCCGGCGCGCUCCUGCUCAGCGGCUCCGCCGACAACACCAUCUUCGUGUGGCGGCGCGACGGCGGGGUGCACGCGUGCCUCUCGGUCCUCACGGGCCACACCGAGCCCAUCAGGUGCAUCGCCGUCGUCGAGGACAACGGCGAGAACGGCAGCGAAUCCAACGCUGGCGGCGCCUCCGCCGCCGGAGGGGGGUCGUCAGCGGCGUCACGGUGGAUAGUGUACACCGGCAGCCUCGACAAGUCGAUCAAGGUGUGGCGCGUGACCGACGAGGCGCCGGACCCGCUGCUCCUCGGCGCCGGCGACGCGCCCCAGAUAUUCGAUCGGUAUCCCGGCGACGCCUUCGGGGCCAGCGCCUCCACGACGUCGUUCCGCUGA